AUGGACAGUCCCAGUAAAUCACUUAAACGAAAUCACAACCAAGAUGAUUUGUCGCGGUCGUUGAAGCAGCGCACUUACGAGACUAGCAUUAGUAAAUCACAGUAUGAGCGUAAAUUACUGGCAUUUGAAACGACAAAGAGAGAAUUCGAGAUAACGAUGCGGGAGAAGAAUCUGCAGCAUGGAAAAUUGGUUAAGGAUAUCUCUUAUUAUAAGGACAAGGCGGAGACAGCGCACAAGGAGAAGGACGCGGCUCUUGCACUGGCUAAUCAGAACAAGACGGAGAAUGAUAAAACACAGAGCCAGCACAGAUACACGCUUGGUCAAUUAAAAGAGGAGAAUAUUCAAUUGAAAAUGGAUUUGGACAGCCUUCAAUCACAGUACACACGCCAAAUCCAUUCCAAGGAUUCUGUGAUUAGUUCAAUCGAGCAUAGGUGUGCUUCUCUAGAAGAAGAUCUUCAUUCUGCCAUCGAAACUUCCAAUCUGAGACAAUCCUUACUCGAAAAUACCCGCAGGUCGUUGGAUACCCUCGAACAAGACAAGUCAUCGAGUAACAUUGACUCCUCACACGCUUACACCUCUUUCAUGCGCGAUGAGCUCUCUAAGCAGUCCUCCAUCAACAAACAUUUGGAAUCCCAGAACAAAUCGUUGAACAGAGACUUGAACGGGCUUAAAGAGAAGUCUGCUAAAUUUGACGUUCUUAGAGAGGAGAAAUUGGCGCUCUCCUCUAAACUAAAGAUGCUCGAUAGAGUAAGCACGCAGUUGUCCAGUGUGGAGUUGGAGCGUGAUUCCUUACUUAAAGAAAAGGAAGGCUGGCAAGAUGUCUUACAACCAGGUGAAUCACCUGCCACUGUAACCACCCUCAUUGCACAGCUAAGACUGGAGAAUGCCACUCUCAGAGAGAGUGUAGGAUCAACCAACGCUGAUAAGAGUGGUCACUCUACAGAACUAGCUCAGUUGCUGGACCAAAUCGACAGUCUGAGAAAGGCAGAAGCGCAGCUGCAAAUUAACGUUGAGAAACUCACCACCUCCACCACAAGCCAGUACAGACUACUAGAGUUGUCACAACAGGAAGUGUCCUCGCUGAAGAAACAACUCGACACAAUACUAUCAGAAGAAGAGACACUUAAUGCUCACAAACUUGACACUCUUCAUCACGACAGAAUGGUUGGUUUGGAGGGGCUAUUGCAGCAGCACAAAAGCGAGAAUGAGAAGCUGGCAAGAGAGAUGUUCAAUCUGUCCAAGAGCACAACGACUGACACGAGUAAUGAGAAAGCCUUCCAACUCAAGAUAGACCACGCUGAGCAGACAAUCGUCUCCCUCAAAGCUGAAGCGCAGGAGGAAAUAAACAAAUUGGCUGAGCAAGUGGCACACCUCGAGCAUAAAGUGGGCAGAGGAGAGUUCAAUUGCAAGAAUAUUCGCGUGCUAGAAAUGCGCGAUAAUCCAAUCUCCCAAGACUACGCUAUACGCAGCGAGACGCUGAGUGCGUUGAGAGAGGAGAACAGAAUGCUUUUGGAGGAGAAGGAGGGGAGGGAGGAGAAUGCGAUGCAAUCAGUGCAAUCGACACAUCCGUCACUCCCCCUCCAAACAACCCUCAAUCACACCAAGGAAAUAAAGACACUGGAGCAGCAGCUCUCCGACAAAGACAAGCGUAUGCUGCGCCUCAAGGGCAUUUUCUCAGACAAAGCUGCUGAAUUUCGCGAAGCUAUAUACUCGUUGCUGGGUUACAGAGUACAAUUUCUCCCCAACGGACGCGUACGACUCAACUCGGCGUAUGCAGCCUCAGAAAGCGGGGGAAUACUCUUCCAAUCGAAUGAAGACGACCAGGGGACUAUGAAAGUGGAAGAUGGGGGGCUUGAUGGUGUAGAGGAUUUGCUAAGGUUCUGGGUUAAUGAGAGAGAGUCAAUACCGUGUUUCAUGGCAAACCUCUGCCUGGAACUGUGGGAUGCAAAUGAGAGGAACGAAAGAGGACGCUUGGCUGUGCGGUAG